UCCUCUCAAGCUGGUGACGAGACUAAAGGGCCAAAUUUGUGGUCAUAGCCAUUAGAGCCAUCUAACUCUUGCAGCUACUCUAUUCAUAACGGAAAUGGCCAAUUGGAACAGCGCACUAAUCACUUGGGCUAAGAAGUGUCCCGUCAAUGCAUCCCUCGUCUCAUUAUACAUUAUAAACCUAGAGGAUCCUUCCCACUUUCAGCAGAUGGAUCUUUUCCGAGAAGCGCAACCUCAACCUGAACAUCAACAGGGCAUGGAAGAGUGGUGGACCGACAUGUUGAGUUGGCUCAUCCGCCAUCGGGACAUGGUGCUCCGAAAUCUCGGCACUCGCCUUCGGAAGCAGACGAAGGACAACGAAACGAGUGGCCAAAUCAAGGUAUUUUGGCAAGAUAUUGAGCAAAAGAAGAUUGCCAAGACAUUGGCGGCCAAAGACAACCUUGCAAACCUUCAAGUGUUGACCGACAUCAAGACAGGAGCACUGGCAUUAAAGAUGUCCUUACAGGGUGUUGAGGCCCUGCCUCCAAGCCGCAAUUUGACCUCACAUGCCAAUCAGACGGAAGUCGAACUAGGAGGACAGAAAGCCCAGGCAACCUUAUUACAUACAUCAGGAUCUGCCAAUAGGGACAAUCAACGCCGCGUCGUUGUGUCUCCAGGCCCUCGCCCGUCAUUUUCAGCUGUUCACACGCCGCCAUUAGGGUCGGGCUCUUCAUCACCAACACUGUCGCCUCCGCCCCGUCCAGUCUUUAAUAGCAGCGACGAUGAAUAUGAAGAGAAUGAGGCUGAUGGUGAAGAGGUUUUUGAUAGAGAUAACGGAGAUAAGGAUGAAGUAUUUGGACGACCUUGUGGAGAUAUGUCAUGGAUCAAGGAGCGGCCGGAAUUCACGUUCAGUCUCCCACUGUCGAAAGACUGGGGACCUCAGAUAACUGAGUCCUACAACAAAAUCAAGGAGAAAACAUCUUUGGGCUACGAACAAGUAGACGAGAUUGCGCUACUCUCUGGUGUCUUGCAUCUUAACAAAGCGCAUGUUGGGUUCCAAGCUAAUGAGAUUACCGUUAUUACAAAUGAUGUCCUCCAUCGGUUCUAUAGCAACCAGCAAAAAGAGAAGGAUGUAGAGCGCUCAAUCGAGGCAGCUGCACUAUGGGGCACGUGGGUCCAGGUUUGUAGUUAUAGCUGAGGACUUCUUGUUUGCUUAUUUGCUUUGUUUCGAGCUGAAAGAGAAUACUAACCGACUACGUAGAAAUGGGGAUCGAUGCAUCUCUUGAGCUGCCUCUCUAAGGAACUUGGAGACGCCAAGGAGGUCGAGGUGGAUGUCGGGCCAGUCGUUGACUUGAUAAUGG